AUGGAAUUAUCCGGAGAUCAAAGUCUUUCAUUUUUAAAUCAGCGACGAAUCGACCUACUCGAACAGCUAGGUGCUGCCUACGACAAUUCUGACCUUGCCGCCGUAUGGCCAAAGGUAUUCAAUGAGUAUAAUAGUGUAAUCGAAGCGAUCAACAAAACACUGCAACUAUGGCCCCUUGCAAAACUAGACGACUUGCCAGACGAAAUACUCCUUGAUAUCUUCCGACUGGUCGCACUGACCGGACCAUGUAUAUGGAAGGAGCGUAUAUACAUGGUUUUGGCGUUUGUUUGUACCCGAUGGCGUGACUUGGUAUUCGGGACAUCGUCUCUGUGGACAGUCAUCCACAUCGACGACAAUGUCCCAGAUCUCCGGGCAACCGUGACUCUGUUUCUCAAGCUAUCCGGAGGCUUACCAUUAUCCCUUUCAUACGAAAGACCAAUGAAGAGCACUCACCCCGUUUUGUCUCUCAUUCUGCCCCAUACUCAUAGAUUCACGUCCUUGGAGGUGAGACUAAUGGGUCGUCGUCUCUUUUCCAUAGCGGACGACAAGCCUUCCGAUCGUAAUCUUACAAGACUUGAUCGGCUCCUCCGAGUCACCGCAUUCUCGUCUGUCACAUCAUUCUCAGUUACAAACGGGGUUUCGCCGCUUACAAGCCAGACCUUACAGUCUAUAGUGAAAUCUGGUGAUACUAUCGGAGCUAACUGUGUCAUCCGAGCGUUGGAGGCAGCUGAUGAUAGCCCGACACAUGUCGACUUCUCGGUGAAGCGAAUGCAGGAGCUCUAUCGCACCUUGCAUUCCAUAGAGUCCAUAUCGUCUAUAACUUCGGUGGUCGUUGAUUCAUUAACCCUGUCACCAAACCUAUCAUCAAACCAACUCUUGGACGCCACGCACACCCAACUAUUACAUUGGAAGUCCCUUACAUGCCGAGUUCUUAUUCCACAGACACUCCUAUCCAACCUGAUAGAUCGUUCGGCAUCAACCCUAACGUAUUUGAACGUUGUUCUCGACACUUCACAAUUUGUGGCCAUCUCCUUGGCAUUAUUGGAGCUUUCUUCGCUUCGCUCACUUAUAAUAGACAUACCCGAACAGGUACCUUAUCCCUUCCGAAAGUACCCGACUGUGCUCCCUGAUCUCAAAGUUUCAAAACUCAGGGUCCUCAAGAUAAACCAUCGCUUGCUUGCCGACGUUGGCUUGUGGGCUUAUAUCAUCUCACUCCUGAGUCUAGUCCCACAUGUCCAAAAGCUCUGCAUACCACCGGUCGCACAUAACGCUGAGUACCAGCUAACUAAACUCAACGACGAACUGUUCGACAGGAUAUGCGCGAUGAAGUCGCUGAACUGUCUCAAAUUGGAUGGUAACCUUGAAUUGGUGGAUAAAGGCGACUCAAUGCUAUAUGCUUUGCCUGUCGUCGAGGAUCUUGCUGUUCGGAGCACCCUCCACACGUUCAGAAUGCUCAAACUCGAAACGAUGCUGCGCUUAAAGUUUGAUUGGGAAUCAUCCAUCAGAUAUGCAAACACCUUUGAACUCUACGGGCAUCGACUGCGGGUGCUGGAACUGUCGAGGGUAACACGUCGGGAGGCUGAUAAGAUUUACAUUCGCUUGAUGCUACCCAAUCUUCGAAGAUUGGUAACCAACGAUUCAGCGCUUCUUGCCGGUAUUUGCUACAAGCUAGCUGUUGAGCCACAGCAUUUGCCCGCUCUAGAGGAACUAGAAAUCGGAAAUGAGGUCUUCCCAGAGUGGGACUUAUUCUUCGUCAUGCUGGAGAAACGAAUCGUAGAGCACAAACGAAGAGGUUCUAGCGUUCGUAUGUUGGAGAAACUCAUCUUCCAUACCAGUCUUUCAUCAUCUUUACGCUGGGCACUCACGGGGCGCCUCAAAGGCCUCUAUACACAUAGAUCAUCGAACACAGAGAUUUGUCCUGCAGCGAAUUACAAACUUCGCUUAGAUGACAGAAUGUAA